AGUGUAUGUGCUAACUCCAGUGCUGCAAAACCGUGGCUUUGUCUUAGUAAAGCUUUUAUAACUAGUGUUUACAGCAACAUGUUAAUCAAAUGGAGCUGUACAGUGAGACACAUGAUCUGAGGAGUAUAGGUUGGUCACACAACCCCUCAAAGUUUUGAGGAGAUGUUCAUCUGGUUUCUUAAACUUUUACUAUUUUUAAAGGUAUUAAUCCUGUCCUUGGUCUAAAUUGACAAGUCAUCUGGAAUUGGUCCCUGCACUCCAGCUCAUCAUCUGAUGAAUAUAUGGGGCACUGCAAACCCAAAACAAAAGGCCCAUCCAUGUUUCUCCUCUAGCCCCAGUGAAUGUUGCUCUUUCUUUGGAAGAAAGGCUAUUUUAACUUAAAUGCAAAUCUGACCCAAAAAUGUAGUCUGCACUAAUUAAAAGCAAAUACAAAAAGACAAAGGCUGGUUUGUAUUAAGAAAAUGGACUGAUGGAAAGAAAAUGAAUAUUUAAAGGUGGCUUCUAGCAGUUAGCAGUUACAGACUUUGUAAAUUAUAAUCUAUUUUUUGAUGUUUUAACAGGUUUGCACUUGUUUGUAAACAGCAGUCUUGUUACAAGCCACCUUGUGCGUCUGCGCUGCUAGGAAAGGAGGUUGGGAGGAACAAGAGGACACGUGAUAUCCCUGUUACUCCAGACCCCACGCGCUUGCAAUUGCUUGGAGUGUGAAUGCAGAGUAGCUGUCCAUGUGUAAUGAGACCAAUGGGGAGGGUUAACAUUUACAAAAUCCACUGUUUAAAUUGGUACUAGAAGGGUAAAUUUCAGUUUAACAUUUAACUUUGUUUAUAGGGACUCUGAUUUUUAACUACCUGUUGUGGUUCUCAGCUCUUCAUUUGGACAGCUAACACAUAUUACACUUCACUGCUGCUUCGGCGACACUUGCAUAGGAGCAUUCUGCGCUGGCAUAGCAAUGCUGAUUUCUUUAUUUCAGAGUUCUGGAAGCAACUAGUUUGAGAAUCUGUUCUUUGGCAAGGAUUUAAACUACCUGGACAUUUCAAGUAAAAUGAAUUCUUUCUCUGUAAUCCGUGCAUUUCCAGUAUCAAACCAGCCGUUUCCUGGAUGUUUAAGAGCAAAAUUUAAUAUAGCAGUCAGAACCAUAAAGCCUUUCUUCCAGUCGUGCACUUUUUUUCUGCCCAAAUUUCCUGCAUGAUGAACAUUAAUAAAAGCAAGCUUGACAUGUCCUUGUCUAAAUCAUAGAGAAUAUCCAAAAACAUUUCACUUGCUUUGUUGAGAUCUUUUACUAAUUAUAUUGUUUUAUUUUCUCUUUUGUUUUGGUUUUUACCACUGAUAUUGUAUUUAGAAGGUUUCAGGUGGGUGAAAACUGCUAUUCCAUGCGUAAGGUGCCUCGCUGAAGGGAGCUCGAGGCCCGGAUCUAGGCAGACAUGCACCUCCUCCUCUUCCAGCAAGGAACGCACCGAAAAGUCACAUGAGAAAUAUGGCUUGUUACCUCAAGGCAAUUGAAACGCAACCAAAUUUUGCAGUCGCUUGGAGUAAUCUUGGAUGUGUAUUUAAUGCUCAGGGAGAGAUCUGGCUUGCAAUUCACCACUUUGAAAAGGCUGUAACUCUUGAUCCCAAUUUCCUGGAUGCUUACAUUAAUUUGGGAAAUGUGCUAAAAGAGGCUCGUAUAUUUGACAGAGCAGUAGCAGCAUACUUAAGAGCCCUUAGCUUAAGUCCAAAUCAUGCUGUGGUCCAUGGAAAUUUGGCUUGUGUGUAUUAUGAGCAGGGCCUUAUUGAUCUUGCAAUUGACACUUACCGUCGGGCCAUUGAGUUGCAGCCACAUUUUCCUGAUGCCUACUGUAAUCUUGCCAACGCUCUCAAAGAAAAAGGCAGCGUGGUUGAUGCUGAAGAAUGUUAUAAUACAGCUCUUCGACUCUGUCCUACGCAUGCAGAUUCCCUUAAUAAUUUAGCAAAUAUUAAGAGAGAACAAGGAAACAUAGAGGAGGCAGUGCGGCUUUAUAGAAAAGCUCUGGAGGUGUUCCCUGAAUUUGCAGCUGCACACUCAAAUCUAGCUAGUGUAUUGCAACAACAAGGAAAACUUCAAGAAGCUCUCAUGCAUUAUAAGGAAGCUAUUAGGAUCAGUCCAACUUUUGCUGAUGCUUAUUCCAAUAUGGGCAACACUCUAAAGGAGAUGCAGGAUGUCCAGGGUGCAUUGCAGUGUUAUACCAGAGCAAUUCAAAUAAAUCCAGCUUUUGCUGAUGCUCACAGUAACCUGGCCUCCAUUCACAAAGAUUCUGGAAAUAUACCAGAGGCAAUCGCUUCCUACAGGACAGCACUGAAACUGAAGCCAGAUUUUCCUGAUGCCUACUGCAACCUUGCUCACUGUCUUCAGAUUGUUUGCGACUGGACAGAUUAUGAUGAACGUAUGAAAAAGCUGGUCAGCAUUGUUGCAGAGCAGCUAGAAAAGAACAGGCUUCCUUCUGUCCAUCCACACCACAGCAUGCUUUACCCACUGUCUCAUGCCUUUAGGAAAGCAAUAGCUGAAAGACAUGGAAACCUGUGUUUAGAUAAGAUAAAUGUCCUUCACAAACCACCAUAUGAACACCCUAAGGAUUUAAAGGCCAGUGAUGGGAGACUACGGGUGGGAUAUGUGAGCUCAGAUUUUGGAAACCAUCCAACUUCUCACCUCAUGCAGUCAAUUCCUGGCAUGCAUAAUCCAGAUAAAUUUGAGGUUUUUUGCUAUGCCCUCAGCCCAGAUGAUGGCACAAACUUUCGUGUAAAAGUAAUGGCUGAAGCAAACCACUUUGUUGACUUGUCCCAGAUUCCCUGUAAUGGCAAAGCAGCAGAUCGUAUCCACCAGGAUGGAAUCCACAUACUGGUUAAUAUGAAUGGCUACACUAAAGGAGCACGCAAUGAAUUAUUUGCCCUCAAAGCAGCGCCAAUUCAGGCAAUGUGGUUGGGGUAUCCUGGAACAAGCGGAGCACCAUUCAUGGAUUACAUAAUAAGUGACAAAGAAACAUCCCCUAUUGAUGUUGCUGAACAGUACUCUGAGAAACUAGCAUACAUGCCCAAUACAUUUUUCAUAGGAGAUCAUGCCAACAUGUUCCCUCACUUAAAGAAAAAAGCUGUAAUAGACUUCAAAUCCAAUGGCCAUAUUUAUGACAAUAGAAUUGUACUCAAUGGAAUUGACCUGAAAGCUUUCCUGGAAUCAUUACCUGAUGUGAAAAUUGUAAAGAUGAAAGGCCCAGACAGUGGAGAUAAUGUUGACAAUAAUUCAGCACUGAGCAUGCCAGUGAUUCCUAUGAGUAGCAUAGCAGAAGCUGUGAUUGAGAUGAUAAAUCGGGGACAAAUUCAGAUAACAAUAAAUGGAUUCAACAUCAGCAAUGGACUUGCAACAACACAGAUAAACAACAAAGCGGCAACUGGUGAAGAAGUGCCUCGUACUAUCAUUGUCACCACACGCUCACAAUAUGGACUUCCUGAAGAUGCUGUUGUGUAUUGUAAUUUUAACCAGCUUUACAAAAUUGACCCUUCUACCUUACAGAUGUGGGCAAAUAUUUUGAAGCGUGUCCCAAACAGUGUCCUUUGGCUAUUAAGAUUUCCAGCAGUUGGGGAGCCAAAUAUCCAGCAGUAUGCACAGAAUAUGGGCCUUCCCCAAUCCAGGAUCAUUUUCUCACCUGUUGCACCUAAGGAAGAACAUGUGCGCAGAGGGCAGUUAGCCGAUGUUUGCUUAGAUACGCCACUCUGCAACGGGCACACCACCGGCAUGGAUGUGCUCUGGGCUGGAACGCCCAUGGUCACCAUGCCAGGUAAGGAGUCUGCCGAAAGUUUAGGGUUACACAACAAAGAUUGUUUUCUUUCAGGCGAUACACUUGCAUCAAGAGUGGCUGCUUCACAGCUUUCAUGUUUUGGCUGCCCUGAGCUAAUCGCUAAAAGUUGGCAAGAUCAUGGGGAUAUUGCUAUGAAACUGCAAACUGAUCUGGAACACCUGAAAAAAAUCCGCGCUAAAGUCUGGAAGCAAAGCAUAUCAGGCCCUAUUUUUAACACCAAACAAUACACAAUGGAUCUGGACUGGAGGGAUUGUAUGUGGGAGCAUUUUGCUGCGGGAAACAAUGUGAUCAUCUCAUCAAGCCUGUGGAAAGCACCGAAUUCUCUUGACUCUCUGCUGGCUCCGAAUAUAUCGGCCAAACACAUUGGAGAGCUGCAGAGCUGACUUUCUGUGCGACAGAAGGAAUUAUUUAAACACCUGUUGGUCUUUAGACUUUGUCUUUUUUUUUGCUUAAUCCAUCAAAUAUGAUACCAUGGGCAGUUUUACUUGUUCAUAUACAUUUUUAGCCUUGUAUUGCAGUAUAUUUGCAAUUUAAACUUUUAAACUUAUCAGUUUGUUGUUUGUGUCUGCUAGCUCAGUCGCAGCUUUAAACUCUUCGCUAACUGCAGGUUAAAUAAUAAAAAAAAAGAAACCUUAAGCAUCA